CUAAGCACUUCAGUUGCGUGCGUUAGCCCUAAGCAAACGAAUAUUCACUAUGCAGUCGGGUCACAUAUUGCGGCUGCUUUUAGCCACGGCUUCUCUUUAUUGCUGCCUUUCGCCUGUUGUGUGCAUCUAUGAGGCUGCAAUACUGGAAUUUCUAGAGGAGUUUCGUAUGCGCAUGUGUCACCCGAUACCCAAUUUGGGCUUGCCUGCAUUGGAUCCACUGGAACUAGGUCCUGCCGAGACAGCUGCGAAUAACCAAUACCUUAUCGACUUUACUGGUUCCAUCGAGGACUUUCAACUAAAAGGACUUUCAGAUUUUGUUGUAGAUACACUUAAAAUUAAUGUUGUGCCUGGCUUACGUAGCACAAUUAAAAUCACCUUACCACAUACCUUUUUCAAGUCACUUUACACUGCCAAAGGUUCCUUGGCGUAUAUUGUUAAUUUGGCUGGCGAUGGCAAUGCUGAAGCAUCAGUGAAAGACUUUUCGCUUCAAAUUUCAUGGAAAAUGAAACUGUCGUCUUCUUUGUCCAUCACAGAUUUGCAAAUAGAACUUCUUUUAGGAGAUUUAAAAGUUCAUUUUGAAAAUUUAAUGGAGGAAGAGCGGAUUGACAUUUUCCUGCAUGAUCUAAUUAACGAAAUGGGUGUUGAGUUAUUGGAUGAUGUAUGGAAAUAUGAGCAGCCUAAGGUUGUUCCAAAAAUCGAAGCGAUUAUCAAUAAUAAACUGCCGGAAAUUCUACAGGGUAUUAUUGGAGGAGGUGGCGGAGAAAAACCACCUAUUUUUGAAGGCGUCGAACCAGAUUGUAAAUCUCCUGCUCUAAAUAAGGUCAAUUAAUAUGCAUAAUGAAUUUAGCAAUAAAAUAUAUAUAUA